AUGAGCAUGAAAGCUAUUCCGUAUGGACCCCGCGGCUUGCUCGCCCUGGGCGAGAAUGAUCCAAAAAAUCGGAUCUUGCUCAACUUCGGUGAGGCACCCAUGCUACAGGUAUCCGACUACUCCGAGGCAGCUGUUCAGUCGGUUGCCGACUUCUUGCGCUUCCAGAAGCGACGCUACCGGUACCUAUACGACGACUAUGUCUUGUUCCCUCACGGCGAAGAUCCCCCUCGCGUCAAUGGAAUCUUCCUGAAAAUCCGGGAUAUCGACACUGAAAUGGUUCAGCAUCCGUGGUUUAACAACCUCAUGGGCGAAUACCUCAACAACUGCACCGUUACAGUAUCCUUCUGGGACGAGAUCUUAAACACCGUGGAACGUGAUCAGGUCGCAAAUACUCCCACGACGUGA